AUGUGCAAAACCAAAAAGGCUGUCAGCGCGUCCGAUCCCGGUCCCAGCUCAAUCCGAACUCGUACGACUCAAUCACCCCGAACUCGUCCGACUCAAGCACCCCGAACUCGGCCGCCAACCUUCCCCACCACCCCCACUGCUUCUGCCUCAUCAGAUCCUUCAACGUCUAACACCAAUUACUACACAACUUCAUCUUCCACUCUUUCAAGCCGAACCUCUCUUUCCAGCCUUCGUGAUUCCCUCUCUCAAAACCCUCACAUCUACGACAUGUCCGAGAUUCGUUCCGCUACCAACAACUUCCUCGCCAAACACCACUCCUCCUCCUCCUCCUCCUCCACCGCUUGCUGGCGUUGCAGCUUGCGGAACAACGACACCAUCAUCUUCCAGCGCAAGUUCCGCCGCAAAAUUGAAAUGACUCAACUGAAAGAACGCCUUUCAGUAAUUUGCAGAAGUAAUCACUCCAGUGUGAUCAAGCUCUUAGGAGCUUCCAUAUCUGGAGAUCACAUCUACCUCGUUUACGAAUUCAUUCCCGGCGCAAAUCUUUCAACUUGCUUGAGAAAUUCGAAAAAUCCAAAUUUCACAGUUCUUUCGACCUGGGUUUCAAGAAUGCAGGUGGCCGCUGAUCUUGCAUACGGUCUUGACUACAUCCACAACAAAACUGGCUUAAACAUAAGCCUGGUACACAACCACAUUAAAAGCAGCAGUAUCCUUAUUACAGAGCCGUCUUUUAAUGCUAAAAUUUGUCAUUUUGGGACUGCUCAGCUGUGUGGAGAAGUCGAUGAGAAUGAGAGGAUGAAAACGAGCAAAAUGGGUGAAAUUACUGAAUUGGAUGAUGAUGUCAAAUCUUCCCCUUCUUCUUCUCGUUCGCUAAAAGGUUCGAAAGAGUUGACGAGGUCUAACAGCGGGAUCAUGCAAUUCGAAGGGGUGAGAGGGUACAUGUCGCCGGAAUUUCAAGCUACGGGAAUAGCAACACAGAAAUCAGACGUCUACGCAUUUGGAGUGGUGUUAUUGGAGUUGUUGUCCGGUGAAGAGCCAUUGAAGUACAAGUAUGAUAAAAGCAGAGGUGAUUUUAUAAGAACGUCCGUAAUUGAGACCGCCAGAGCGGCGAUUGAUGAUGGUGGCGGUGUUGGUGGGAUGGAGGGGAGGUUGAGGAGGUGGGUUGAUCGGAGGCUAAAGGACUCGUUUCAUGUGGAAGUGGCAGAGAAGAUGACACGUGUAGGGUUAGAUUGUGUACAAGAGGAUCCAGAUAAGCGGCCAGAUAUGGGACGGGUGGCAGGGAAGAUUUCGAGAUGGUAUUUGGAGUCGAGGAUUUGGUCUGAUAAUAUGAGAAUUUCUGACCAGAUUUCGGUUUCUUUGGCACCUAGAUAG